AGAUCAACAAAAAUCCGGUAGACGAUUUUCAGGUCCGGGGAUAGCCGGGGAAAUGGGCUGUGUUUUUACCUUCCAGGAGGCCCCGCAGUGCCGGUCGAAUGCGGUAGCUUUGUCUUCCCGCCAAAAAUAGCGGGGAAUAGGCCUUACCUAGGGUGCCUCAGGUGCUGGGCAUUUGGCAGGGAUUUUACUAGCAGUUUGUCCUCACCAGGCGGGGAUUUUACCCCGGCUUGGCUUGAUGGAAAGUCAAAGUCCCCAUUAUUCCCAGGACCUGGAGGGGGGCGUGGCUACAAUUUAUUGUGUUUAAAAUCUUGAAGUAAAUGGUUGUUGUAAUCUAAGACGUCGUUCACAGUUGAAGAAAUGAGUCAGCCGACAAAACGGCUUACCUCUCUACUGCAGUACCGAUUUGUGAAGAAAGAGAAGUCGGCAUCUGGCUCGGACAGCUCUCAAGAGAUCUCAUUGUCCUCACAGGAGACUGCCUCUCCCUCCCAGAUCAGCACACAGCCCCCCUCUACUCCUGACAAAACACCACUCAGCAUUAACACUACACCUGACAGCAAAGGUCGGCUGAUAUCGCCUGUCUCCAGCCCUGAUUCUCCUAUAUUCACUACAAGACCCAGAUUAAUGGAUCGACACAACGGCACACCAGAAAAACCUGCCUCUCCCUGGCUCUCGAAGGAGAAUGGGACCAUAACAAAUGGAGCUUCCACCAGUAAUCGGCGGCAACUGGCAAGGUUCCCAUCUGACUCUGACGAGGAUGUGUCGGAGGUCGCAGAUACUGCGGUAAACCUCGCGAGUCUACGGCCGAUGUUCCCUAGUCUGCCAGAGGAGGACGUGCGCCAGGCCCUCAUGGAAGCGGAUGGAAAUGUGGAGAAGGCCAUAGAUGUCCUCAUUGAUCUUGGUCGUGGCAAGAAGAAGCAAUUCAAGCGUAUCCGGCCCGCAAGCCAGGAGAGCACCUCCCCUGAUGUUGUGACCCAGCCUCGGAAACGGAUACGGCAAAUCUCAUCUGACAGUGGAGAGGAGACAUCCCAGAAUGCAUCGCAGUCUACUGUUGGGUACAGUCUGGAGUCUCAGAGAUCAGAUGUAACGGUGGUGUACGAUGUUGACCAAGAGGAGUUACCUCCCCCGACCGCUGAUCAGAAGAAAAAAAUCAACUUUCUCUCAGGCUGCUUUUCCAAUAAAUCAAAAACGGAGAUACACCGCACAUUGGCAGACCUCAACUGGAAUGUGGGUGACGCUACGGUGACCUUGAGCUCCACAACAACAUUAAAAUCUAUCACCACAGAGAACAAAGUCCGCGCGAAGGCAGCAGCCUCCCUCUCCAAAACUAGAGAGGAAGAUCUAGAUGAUGAUGAAGAUGAGGACUACAGCGGCGGAGAGGAGAGCGAUGACAGCAUAGAGGAGGAGGGAGACUCUGGUAAGAGUGUGAUCCUUAAGUUCUUUGAAGAGGCUACACUGGAGGAACUGAUGGCCACACCUGGCUGCUCCAAAAAGAAGUCCGAGCUCAUUGUCAGCCAUCGGCCGUUAAAAACAUGGGAGAACAUGCUUGAGACAUUCCUCACGGUAAAGGGUCUGAGUUACGACCUGAUCAGCGGCUGUCGAGAGGUGAUUAAGAUCCGUCAAGUCAUCGUGCGCCUUAUGAAGAAGUGCGAGGAUAUCGCCUCCAACAUGCAGAAGGUCGUUUCUGAUAUCAUUCACUCCAACACACAGGUUGACGACACAACGCAGAUCACCAUACAACCCAAAACACUAAACCCGGAACUGUCCCUGAAGCCUUUCCAGAUUGUUGGGCUCAACUGGCUUAGGAUCAUGCAUCAGCAGGAGCUUAACGGCAUACUGGCAGACGAAAUGGGCCUGGGGAAAACAAUACAGACAAUCUCAUUCCUUGCUCACUUACUGGAGGAAGGUGAGGCAGGCCCACACGUCAUCAUCGUACCAUCAUCAACCAUAGACAAUUGGAUUCGUGAGUGUAAGGUGUGGUGCCCAGCCCUGAAGAUAGUCGUAUACUAUGGUUCCCAGGAGGAGCGCAGGGCCACGCGCCAGUACAUCAUGUAUAACAAGACUGAGGAUUUCAACGUCAUCAUCACCACAUACAACAUGGCAUCGGGCAGUGUUGAGGACCGAACCCUCUUCAAGAAGUUUGAGUUUCACUAUGCCAUCUUUGAUGAAGGGCAUCUGCUGAAAAACAUGACUUCUAUCCGAUACCAGAGUCUCAUGAAGAUAUCAGCGUACCGCAGGUUGCUGUUGACAGGGACGCCCCUACAGAACAAUUUGCUGGAGCUGAUGUCCCUACUUUGCUUCGUUAUGCCAGACAUCUUCAUGGGCAAAACUGAGCAACUUAAGCGCAUGUUCACCAUGAUCUCUAAAACAAACAGUGAUGAAAAGAGAAGUCGUUAUGAGCAGGACAGAAUCGCCCAGGCAAAGAAGAUCAUGACACCCUUUGUACUGAGACGACUCAAAUCAGAGGUGAUGAGUCAGCUGCCAAAGAAAUCGGAGGAGGUUAUUUACUGUGACAUGCUGCCUGAGCAAGCCACUCUCUAUAACAGCCUUGUCACCAACUUCUCUAAACAGGUGUCUGAGGGUUCAACUGAUAUGACUAGUCGGGCGGGAGCGUCCAUGUUGAUGCAGCUACGUAAGGCAGCCAACCACCCCUUGCUGCACCGUUCACACUACACCGAUGCCAAGGUAGACCGGAUGGCCAAAGACCUCUGUCAGGAGACCAGUCACAUGGAGCGGGGUGCUAUACCAAAGUUUAUUGCUGAGGACAUGCGUGAGAUGUCCGAUUUCGAAUUGAACAAGACAUGCCAGUUUUAUAAGAGCCACUUGAAGAAGUACCUGCUGGAUGAUUCACUCAUUCGUGAGUCGGGUAAGUUUCAGGAGUUGGACCGACUCCUGGACGACCACAGUAAACGUGGCCACCGCGUUCUCAUCUUCAGUCAGUUCACAUCAGUUCUGGACAUCAUGGAGGUGUUCCUCACCCAGAAACAUAUCCGCUACACACGCCUCGACGGCUCCACUCCUGUCCCUGAAAGACAGAGGUUGAUAGAUGAGUUCAACACCGACACAGAGAUUUUUGUGUUCCUGUUGUCAACACGCGCUGGCGGCCUGGGUAUUAAUCUGACAUCGGCCAAUGUCGUCAUUCUGCAUGACAUUGACUUCAACCCAUACAAUGACAAGCAGGCUGAGGAUCGAUGUCACAGGGUCGGACAAAUCAGGGAGGUUCAGAUUGUACGGCUUAUAAGCAGGGAGACUGUAGAUGAGGGAAUACUGAAGUGCUCGCUGGAGAAACUCAAGCUGGAGAAGGAGGUCAUCAGUACCGAUGGACAAGAUGAUGAGCAAGGAAACACGAAGAAUGUAGCCUCCAUCUUGAAACAGGCCCUCCAUGUGGCGGAGAAGCGCAGUGCCAAGUCUUGAUGAAGGCCCCACUGUAGACCUCAGUGUUACCAAAAUACAGCGUGGCAAUGAUGCCGUUCAUUAUGGUUAUAAAGGGCCAGUGUUCAGUCAGAGUGUAAAUAGGCUUGGUGUCUUGACAGUUGAAUUUAGAGUUUCAACUAUGUUGACUAAGGAAGGUAGUGAUCAUUGAAUCUUAGGAGAUUCAACUUCAAUCAUGUCUGUCAAGCAUGGUAGAUACUGACCAUCAGUUCAUGAACGAUAUCCCUACUAAUGUGGGAGCAGUAAGGAACUGUUGCAUUUUGUGUGUCAGUUUUGUUGCGAAAUACAUUCAUAUUAAUCCAGCUUUAUAUGCGAACAUCAACAACAUGCAUACUUCCAUCUUGAACAUCAUCAUAACUGGAAACUGUUUAUAUGUUUGAAAUGUAUCAUAAUUUUCAUCAGGUAUUGUGCAAAUAACUUAUGCUUGGAAAAAUUGCCAUGGAGAUAACAUACUAUAUAGAUAAAUUAACCAACUAUAACUGAAAUAUUCCUUUUCAAAAGUUUGAAAGAACUUUUUUCGUAAUAUUUUAUGCAAGAUAUGCACAAUACCCUUUAUAAGGGAUUUAAACAUGAAAAUACAAAAGUGAAUUAAAGCUCAAGGCAUGAACUGUUAAAAGAGUUAUGUAAAUUGUGUAUUAAAUUGAAAUCUGCCUGUUCAAGUAUCAAGUGCUAUAGAAGGCACAGCCUACACAUGUGAUUGAUUUGUGGAGCUGUUUUGCCUGUUUGAGCUGAAUAAGUGCUUAACUUGCUUGCAUGUGAGAAUUGUUAUAAUUGUUUUGAGGUCAUAUAGAUUCAUCUUCAUCAUGUAAAAAAUAAAAUACUGACGUUCAGAAGUGAUGUUUACCUUGACAAUGUUGAUGUGCAAUUUGGGCCCAGAGCAGAGUUUAUAGAAUGGGUACUUGAUAGAAAGUUAAAAUAUUUCCCUCCUAACAACAUUUAGGCACAUAUAUGGUUUUCCCUACUGGCACCACUUAAACACAGAUAUUGCAUUCCCUCCUGACAGCAUUAAAACACAGAUGUUGCUUUUCCUCCGGACAGCAUUUAAACACAUAUGUUGCUUUCCCUCCUGACAGCAUUAAAACACAGAUGUUGCUUUCCCUCCUGAUAGCAUUUAAACACAGAUAUGGCUUUCCCACCUGACAGCAUUUAAACACAGAUGCUGCUUUCCCUCCUGACAGGACAGGUAUCCUAGUUUCCAAGCUAUCGAGUGUUUUGAGGGUUACAUAUAUGAGUGAACGACUAGGAGGUUUAUAUACAUAUAGCAUUGGUAUAUCGCAACAAAAUCACUGAGUUGCAAGAUUUUGUUAUAAGUUUUUUCACUUUGUUUUCUUAGACCUAUCUUUAUUAUUUACAUCUUAUGGCAACGGGAUAUUAUGCUUUUCAACAACCGUGUUCCGUUUCACAUUACCAACUGAUAGGCUUUUUUCUUCAUAUGACUAUUAUUCACUAUUUUUUACGAGAACGCUUUACGAUGAAACACAAUACAUCAGGCAGAGGCGCACAAUAUUCUUAUUGGUCAAUUUUCAAUUUCUCUUUAUAUAUAAUAUAGUAAAUAGAGACAUCCCAAGAUGGCAAGAAUUUUCGUUGUAAACGUAAUAACUUUAAGGCGUAUCUCGCCAAAUUUACUGAUUUGUUUUUUUAUAAAACAGUAUUUUCGUUCACUUCAUGAAAUAUUAGGACUGAAAAAUUGAAAAGAAAAAAAUACUUCCAUAUUCAAAAUGUAUCUCUCUUUCUGAUCUUCGUUUAUUUCAUUUUGCAAAACAGGGAAGGAGUUUGAACAAACAGGGUGUUAAGUUCAUUUCCUGGUUUCAACAGACUUUAAAUCGUUGUCACAUCCGAUAUAUCGUAUAACUCUUCCCAUAACAGUAUACAACUGCUGAACAAAUUAAUUUAAUGGUUGUAAAAUACACAAUAGCAUUUGCUAGUAAUUGAUAGAUUUGAAUUGAAUUAUGUAUCUUCAAAGGGCAUAUUAAACGGCGAAUGAAAGCAUAUCACGGUCUUUGUCUGUGUUAGUGUAACGAGGAAUAAUGUGGAAUAACGCGGGGAGCACAGUAUGCUCAUUAUCAAAAUAAAUCAUUUUUAUCCCCCGCCUUGAAAAGGCGAGGGGAUAUAGUAAUGGUAGGCGCGAUUCCGUGUGUGUGUGUGUGUGUGUGUGUGUGCGUGCGUGCGUGCGUGUGUGCGUCCGUCCGGCCCACAUUCAUUUCUUUGCAUCUCCUCUUACAUUUCUCAUGCGAUUUCUAACAAACUUUCACAGAUUGAUGAUCAUAAAGUGAAGCAGCGCAUAUUGUCGGGCUUUCCCGAUACAACCAUUUUCCAAAGAGUUAUUGCCCUUUGCUUAUUUAACAUUUAAAUUGGUUCUUCGCAACUCCUCUUACGUUUUUCAUGCGAUUUCUACCAAACUUUGACAAAUUGAUGAUCAUAAAGUGAAGCAGCGCAUAUUGUCGGGCUUUCCUGAUUUGACCAUUUUUGAAAGAGUUAUUGCCCUUUGCUUAUUUUACAUAUUAAAUUGGUUUCUUCG